AUGGGAAAGAAAGUUGGAGAGAACUCAAAGAAGGCUGCUGGUAACGCUCGAAAGCAAGAGCAGGCAAAUAAAAAAAAACAGGCUCAGGACGAAGCACUUGAGCAAGAUGAAGCGUCAAAAUGGGAGCAAGGUUCGAAGAAAGGAAACAAGAAAAAAGAUGAUUAUGAGUUCAAGAAGGAGGAAGCAGCUAGAAAAAAGGCAGAAAGAGAUGCCUUAUUACAGGCUGAAGAAGCCUCAUUGCCCUCUAAACCUCAAAGUUCCAAACAGAGAGGAGCUGCCAAAGUGGCAGCAAAGAAAACAGGCAAAAUUGAUGACUUCCUCGAUUUCAAUAAGGAUGUCCCCGAAAUGAGUGCCAGUGGACUUGAUAGUGCUUUAGACGCAUUGGCAUUAACUACCAAGGGAGGUGGUGUAGAGAAUAAGGAUAUUGAUAAGCACCCUGAAAGAAGAGUAAAGGCCGCAUUUGCUGCUUUUGAAGAUAGAAGAUUGCCUGAAAUAAGGAAGGAAAACCCUGGUUUGAGGUUGCAACAAGUGAAGAACUUGGUCUUCAAGGAAUUCCAAAAGUCCCCCGAGAACCCAAUGAAUCGGGAAACUAAUGUCAGCUAUAAUGCUUCACGUGAAGACGUCGAACAAGCCAAAGCUGAAGUUAAAAAUAAAAGAGAAAAAAAGUUUACAUAA